AUGGGUGUUAUAGAAGAAGAGAAAUCAGUUUCUCAAUUAAAAGAAAAGUUUGAAAGACUUGCUACAGAACAAAGAUAUCAUAGGUCAUAUAGAGGACUAGAAGGGAAUGAAAAAUGUGUAAAAUCAUCUCCUAUAUAUUUUCGAAGCUACAGAAGCUCAAUAAGAUCGCCUGUUGAAGAAAAAUUAACAUACGAACGAUCAUAUAUAAGAGUGCCAAGUAUUGAAAGAAAGCCAAAGAUAAGGUCUUUUUCUUGCAGUGUGAAUGCAUCAAAAGCUCCAUGUCAUGUUCGAGAUAUUUCCAGUGAUCUUGAUGUUGCAAUUCCUGAUACAUUCUAUGAUUUGGCGGAUGCAGAUACACAGCCUCUUAGACCCUCUAUGAAACGAGCUAAAGGAGCGUUUUCAGAUCAUAAGAAUUUAUUUAGUGAUUAUUAUGAUGCAGAUGAUUCGUCAUUUAAAGACAAUAUUUUUGAUGAAGAACCAUACAAUCCCUUAGAUUCUUUGACUCAUGAUUCAGAUUUUGCAAUCCGGUCACCAGAGCUUUCUGAGUUUACACCAAUCGAAAUACAUUCUAAAAAAAAAGAAUAUUAUGAUGAUCCAUAUUUUGAUCAUUUUACACCUGAGCAAGUCGACACGUUUCCGUCUCCUAGAUUAGAAGAAUAUAUUCAAGAGAACCAAAGUUUAAUUCAAGAUAUAAUGGAAUCUCCUUUUCAGGAUUCUAUAGAUAUUAAUGAUUUUAAAGCUAUUUCUACAAAAAAAAAGACAUCUUCUCAUAAAUGCAUAAGUCCAGUAUCUGAUGACAUUAUUUUUCAUGAUAAUUUUUCAAAUAUUUCCACAUCUAAAUUUUUUAAAACAGAUUUUAAUGAAUUACCAAAAUGUGAUGGAUAUUUAGAUAUUAACAAUAGCGAUAUAUCUUUCAAAUUAGACAGUAAUCAACCGAAAUUGUCACGGUCUCUUUCUCCUUUUAGGAAUCCACCCAUUAUUCCGCCGAAACCUGAUGAUAUUUUAAAAGCUCGUGCUCAAAAAUCUUUUAAUUUCACAAAAUCACAAAUAGAAAUUAAGAAAGAGCCUGUUGAAAAGUCUAAAUUAUUUAAAGGACAUAUGAAGUCUUAUAGUAUGUCGACCAGAUUACCAGGAAGUGAAUCUUUUUCAUGUCCAUCUACAGAUUUUCAUUAUUCUUCUAUAUCUUUAGCAGAAACAUCUGUUAUGGAUGAAUAUGAUUCUGAUGCAGAAGAAAAAAAUACUGAGUCUUCUGAAAAUCAUUCUACAACAGAUUAUCCAGAUUCAUCACAAACAAAUCGUCGACGACCAAUAUUUAAAAAUGGCCCUCUAGAAAUCCAAGGUCGUUCAGAAAUUAAACACUGUCUUAUUUCAGGAGAUUAUUUAUGUUCCUGUGGUACUAUUAUAAAAGUAUGGAAUAUUAAGACUAAUGAAGUUAUAUGGUCAUUACCUUCUAAUGAUAUGAAAAUAACUAGUAUGUCUUUUGUUCCAUCUCGAGAUAUAAAUGAAGAAGGAACUAGAAUAUGGUUAGGAACUAAAGAUGGUAAUAUUUCAGAAAUCAAUAUAUUUUAUCAAGGAUUUGUUGAUAAACGUUUUGGUGUUCAUUCUCAUCCGAUUAUAUAUAUAUUAAGGUGUGGAUAUGAAUUAUGGACUCUUGACGACAGCGGAAAACUUUUAAUUUGGUCUGAUGAUACACAUCAAAAUGGUUUGCAUCUUCAAAGCACGCCUCGUACAUAUAAAGUUACACCCAAGGCGACCUUUAGUUUUGUUGUAAAAAAUCAACUCUGGUUAGGAGCAUCUAAAUCAGUAUAUGUAUAUAAUCCAAAAACUCAAACAAAUAAUCAUCCAUUUGUUGCAACAGCGCGCCCAAUUGUACCUCAUUUACCUGUAGGAGAAAUAUCAUGUGGUACUAUUCUUCGAAAUCAACCAGAUUUAGUUUAUUUGGGACAUCAAGAUGGGAAAAUUUCUGUUUAUUCUAGGACCUCUCUUUCUUGUUUAGAAGUUAUUAAUGUUAGUCUUUAUAAUAUUGUAGCUAUGGUUGGUGUCGGUGAUUAUUUAUGGGCUGGAUUCAAGACAGGAAUGAUUUAUGUAUAUGAUCUUCAAUCUAAGCCUCGAAAAAUAAAGAAAGGUUGGUGGGCACAUAAGUACCCAAUAUUAGAAUUGCAUCUAGAUACAACAAGUAUUUGGAGAGUUAAAAGAUAUCAGGUUCUAUCUUUAGCUUCUGAUAAUAUUAUCAGGAUAUGGGAUGGGUUAUUGAUGGAAGAUUGGCUAGAAAAUGAAAUGUGUAAACGAGAUGAGGAAUUUUGUACAUUUCGAAACAUAAACAUUACUGUUUGUACAUGGAAUGCAGGCGCAUCAAGGCCUAAUGAUUUGAAUUCUUCAACAGAUGAUUUUUCUUUUUUUGAAAAAGUUCUAGAAUCUCCGAAUCCUCCAGAAAUAAUAGUUUUUGGUUUUCAAGAACUUGUUGAUCUAGAAAACAAGCGUUUAACUGCUAAGCAUUUAAUGAAAUUUAAUAAAAAAAAAGAUUCUAAACAAUUACAAGAACAUAUGUCUUCUCAGUAUAGUGCAUGGAAGGAACGGUUAACUAACGAAAUAAUAACGUAUGUACAAUCUGAAUUUCAAUAUUGUCUUCUUCAUUCAGAAAAUCUUGUUGGAUUAUUUACGUGCAUUUUUACUAAAACUUCAAUAAAAUCACAUAUUAAAAAAUUAAAUAGUAUCCAUGUUAAAACUGGUUUAGGUGGAUUGCAUGGAAAUAAAGGAGCACUUGUUAUACGUUUUAUACUUGAUGAUACAUCAUUAUGUUUUAUUAAUUGUCAUCUUGCUGCUGGACAGUCUCAGGUAGUACAUAGAAAUAAUCAUUUAGCUACAAUUUUAGAAUCAUCAGAUUUUUCUCCAGAAUUAGAUAAUUCUAAAAGGGCAGAUUUAUUUGUUGGAGGAGGAGAUGGAUCAAUGAUUUUGGAUCAUGAAAUCUGUAUAUUAAAUGGAGAUUUGAACUACCGCAUAGAUAUGCGUCGUGAUGCAAUUUUAAAUUACAUUAAUUUAAAAGAUUAUCAAUCACUUCUUGAAAAAGAUCAGCUUAUUCUUCAAAAAAAAAAAAAUCCAGGAUUUCGGUUACGUCUUUUUAAUGAAGCACCAAUUGAUUUCCCUCCAACUUAUAAAUAUGAUAUAGGAAUAGAUAAUUAUGAUACUAGUGAGAAAAAGAGAUGUCCUGCAUGGUGUGAUCGUAUUUUUUAUAGAGGUAGCAGAGUUAAAUGCACCAGUUAUCGCCGAUUAAAUGUACGAAUUUCUGAUCAUCGUCCAGUUGUAGCAACGUUUACAGCAAGGACAAAAAAAAUAGACCCUUCAAAAAAAAAAGCUGUUUGGGAAUCAGUUGCUUCUAGUUGGAUGGAUACUGCUCAAAAUUUCCGAGAAAUGGCUAAACUUGACUAUUUAGUUUCUGAUUGCGGCUUUGAAGGUGAAUUAGCAUCUAAAGUAUUGAAUGAUUGUAAUGGAGAGAUACCUAAUGCAUUAACUAGACUUUUAAAUAAAAAAUAUAAAUAA